CUUUGGCUCCUUUCUCUUCACUACCACAACACCAAAAUAAUCUUCAAAUUUUUGUUCCUUUGGUCUUCUUUAGUCUUUGGAGUGUCCAUUAUUGUUAUUAUUAAUACUAAUAGUAAUAUUAUUUCUUUUUUUCGAGCUAGAUCGAGAGAGAAAAAGAUGGCGAAUAGCCUCUUCUCUCUCGUAAUAUUGCUUAUCUUCUUCUUUCUCGAUUGCAGCUAUGGGCAGUCACCGGCGGAGGCUCCGGGGCCACCGCCGCCGAUGAAUAUCACAAAAAUAUUGGAAAAGGGUGGCCAAUUUAAUGUUCUAAUAAGGCUUUUGAAGAACACACAAGUCGCCAACCAAAUCAACACUCAGCUCAAUGACUCCAAUUCUGAACUCACCCUUUUUGCCCCAACUGAUAAUGCUUUCUCCAACCUUCAAUCUGGCACACUCAAUUCCCUCAAUGACCAAGAAAAAGUAGAGCUUCUCCAAUUCCACAUGAUCCCUACUUUCUUGUCUUUAUCAAACUUCCAAACAAUCAGCAAUCCGGUGAGAACUCAGGCCGGAGACGCCUACGAGUUCCCUCUCAACGUCACCACCUCCGGCAACUCCGUCAACGUCUCCUCCGGCCUCGUCAACACCUCCAUCUCCGGCACUGUCUAUACCGACAACCAGCUCGCCAUCUACCAAAUCGACUCCGUUCUCAAACCGAUUGGUGUCUUCCAGCCUCGUCCCCCGCCCCCGGCUCCCGCACCCGAGAAGUCCAAGAAGAAGGCCAAGGGCAAUUCUGAAAGCCCUAAGGAUUCCGACGAUGACAACUCCUCCGCCGUGCCUCUUGCUGGGGUCUCGGUCAUCUCGACCGGAGCUGCUGUUGUCGUCGGAAUAAUGUUGGUUUGGAUAAAUUCUUGACCUAAUUUGCUUGGGUGUUUUCUCGGAGAGGUUUCAAUCUAUUGUACUUUUUGCUAUUGGUUUUAUUUUUGUGUAUUAUAAAUUGAAGUUGGAUUGUGUUGCUUUGUUUUA